AUGACAACCGCAUUCAGAAACAACUGUCGCAAAAUCAUUUGCAUUGGUCGGAAUUAUGCAGACCACAUCACCGAACUCAACAGCGCCAAACCUAAACAGCCCUUCUUCUUCCUCAAGCCCACUUCUUCUCUGCUGCUACCAGGACAGGGUCCCGUCUUACUCCCCAAAGGCGUAAAUGUGCAUUAUGAAGUUGAGCUUGGCCUGGUCAUUGGCAAGACACUAAAAGACCUCGAUCCGGAGGAUCAUCAGGGUGCUUUGGACUCUAUCUCCAGUUACCUCCUCGCAAUCGACAUGACAGCCCGUAACGUGCAAGACGAAGCCAAACGCAAAGGUCUCCCAUGGUCCAUUGCCAAGGGUUUCGACACUUUUUGUCCUAUUAGCAACCUAAUCCCCAAAUCCGCGAUUCCAGACCCGCACAAUGCAUUCCUGCGAUUGUCCGUGGGCGAUCAAGUGCGUCAGGCUGAUAAUACGAAUUUGAUGCUUUAUCAGAUCCCGAGACAGUUAGCUGAUAUUUCGAGGGUUAUGACGCUUGAGGAAGGGGAUUUGGUGUUGACGGGAACGCCGAAGGGGGUGGGCCAGGUGAAGAAUGGUGAGGUUAUGAGGGCGGAGAUUGAGGUGGAUGGGAAGCAGGUGGAGAGAAUUGAGGUGGAGUGUAGAGAUAGGGUGGAGGGGAGGUAUGAGUUUAAGGAGACUUGA